AUGCAAGUCCUCAUUCCCCUAGAACCCAGCGAUCGCUUGUACCAUCGCAGGGACAGGACAGGAUGGCUGUACGCACGAGAGGAACCCUUAACUCAAGCCAUUGUGGACUUGUUGGCAGCUCUGGCAUGCUGGACUUGUACGGCAAAGACUCAUGUCAAAGACGGCGGAAAACUCGAGAUUGUUUUGGAGACGAACCAAAAGAUUGACGACGUGUAUGGAUUCGAGACCUCGCUUGUCAUGAUUCAAAAUAAAAAGCACCUCUCGAUGGCUCAGCCGGACAAUCAUCUCGUUGACUGCAAAGACCGAGCCUCAAGGUCCGACGAGAAUCUAUUCCGCGGUGGAAUCGUCAUGGCGGGUGGUCAAAACGUAGCGAUCAAAGCACCCUUAACCCCAGCCAUGUCUGCGCAAUAUUCCGUGAUAUUAGAUCCUGCUCAGCAGAGUUGGAUAUAUCUAAUCGAGGACGCCAAGCGACUUCACCGCCCACUAGAUCGCCAAGUAUGA